CACUCCUGCUAACAAAACAUCAACACAGAAGAGAAGAUUUCUGCAACUAUAACUAUAUUUGAUACCAAAGAGAUGAAUCCCUUUCCGAAAAAAAUCACAACUAUACCCCAGCUAAAAGAGUGUGGAUUCGGUCAGCCUUGGCCCAGACAUGGACUCAAGCUCUUGUUCUGGUUUGCUAAAGACUGUAUUUGGGUUAAAGGCGACAACAUGUUUCUGGCGUGUGACCCCACGAAGGAAGACUUUGGCUUUCACCUCUUUGAGAACAGAUGCACUAAACGUAAAGGGAAACUUCUUCCAGAUGUGAACUUUCCUUACUACUUGCUGGGCGAUCUGAAUUCACCAGGAGCUGAUAUGCUGCCAAACUACAUCAAGGAACACAACACCGGCCAGCAAGACGACAGCAACGCGGAUCGCAUCAUUGUCACCGCUCACGGACAGUGGAGGUUUGGGAAAAUUUACGUGACCACGCACAAAGAUCAGUCAAGUUUUGAUCCAUACGCCACAUUUCAUAUCUCCAGGAGGCUCCUGAAGAUAAUCAGAUCAUUCCCGAAUCCAGAUGACUUUCUCCUGACCAUUGGCUAUCAGAAGCCAGCUUUCCAGAUGCUUAAGUUGAGUCUUACUUACACAGCAGCGUAUGAUAAUGAUUCCGCAGAGACUGACACCCCAUCCCGAAACUGUGUCUGUAUCUGUACCAUACUCUGAAAUCAUUUGGGAGGAAAGAAAAGUUGCAGGGAAAGUCUCUUGAGAUGUACAGCGCAAAAGUGCACUGACUGAAACAAGCACCAGCUGGAACAAGUUCGCAUUAGAUUUAGUAGUCUAGAUUAGCUGAAUAACAGUAGAAAAUUUAUAUGCUUAGUAACAGAAAGAUGUGCUCAUCUACAGACAGAAAUUGUCAUGAAGCAAACAUGUAACCUCAGUAUUUUUGUGCUUUGGCCGUUGUGUCGCUCUGUUCCUCUCAUCUGUGAAUAAAUACAAGCAAAA